CGUCAAUGUGCUUUUGACGUUUCUGAAGAAAAAAUCCGGUGUUUUGGUCUGUUGCUUGAUUGGUGAAAAAUUCCUUGAGAAAAUCCGCGUAAUCAGGAGGAUGACAUCAGUCUACCUCAGGUGGAUGUUGCAGAGAUUGAGACCAGGGAGAUUUCAGUACUAUUCCACGAGUAAUCAGGCAUCAGGGAACAAGGAGAAGAGCUCUGAAGAUGAAGAGGUCACGGAGAAGAGGCUAACGCAUGUGACUUUUGAGAGUAUCGAGGAGAAAAACCGGCAAUCCUACUUGCAAUUGAUCCAGGCAUUUGAGACACAAUCCCGCCACAGGAAGAACUAUGUGGAAUUCAUAACAGCAGCUCUGAGGAAUAUGAAGCACUAUGGAGUUCAUCAGGAUCUGCAAGUGUACAAAGCUCUGUCGAAUGUCAUGCCAAAGGGGAAGUUCAUCCCAACGAAUAGGAUUCAGUCUGAGUUUAUGCACUAUCCCAAGCAGCAGCAGGUUCAGAUAGAUCUUCUGGAGCAGAUGGAGGACAAUGGAGUGAUGCCGGAUGUCGAAAUGGAAGCUAUUCUGGUGAAUACUUUUGGUCAUCGAGGACAUCCGGUACGGAAACUCCGGCGAAUGCUCUACUGGAUGCCCAAGUUCAAAAAUCUCUCACCUUGGCUCCUGCCCAAACCAAUGCCCAAUGACGAUCUGGAAGUGGCCAAAUUGGCUGUCCAGAGGAUUAUGACGGUGGAUCUGCAGGCGACUGUGGAGGUAUUUGAGACGAAGGAUGUGGACAAUGUGCUCGAUGAGACGUGGAUUGUUAGUGGACAGACUCCUAAGCAGAAGGAACUCAUUAAGUUCUAUCGGGAUGCAAAAGCUAUCUACAUUGAGGGACCUUUCUACAUUUGGCUCCGUAACAGAUGUGUCAGCUAUUUUAUCCUACGUGGAGAUGCUCUUCCGCCCCCACCUCCAGACACCACCAACACAGAUGAUGUUGAAACGCUCGAAGUCCCACCGGCAAUAGCCAGUAGUAUGGGAAUUGGAGUGUCCAGCGGUAGGAAGGAAGUGGGAAGGGUACGGAGUGUCCAUGAGCAGGAUGAUGGAACGAUUUUGGCUGUUUGUGUCACUGGGACAUGCUCAAAGGACUCCCUCCUAUCGUGGAUAAGGAUUCUGCAGAAUAAGGGUUAUGAUGAUUUAGCAAAUAUUCCCAUUUUGUUCAAGUUUCAGCCAACAAAGCGAGAGCUUGUUGCACAAAUUUCCACAUAAUCGAGAGAUUUCUAUUCCACCGCACCAGAUUUUUUUUUCAGCCUUCUUCCUUCCUUCCUUUUCGAGGGGGGAAACUUAAAGUGUGUGGGAGUGAAGGAAGUGGAAAUUUUUUUUUAAAAAAAGUUCAUCCAAGAAUCUGAAUGAAUGGGCAAAGACACAAAUUCAGCAUCUCAAUGAAACUGAAGCGGAAGAACAACUUUCAAGCCAAGAUGGGAUUCAAGCACAUUUUCUGCUGCUUCGAACACACAAAUGAUGGUAAAAAGAUGUGUGAGGCCAACCUCCCGCGCAGAAGGGGGAUGCUCUAGAGUGAGAUUGGGCAAAGCUGCAAGAAAUUGGGAAGUUGUUUGUGUGUCUUGUGGAAUAAAAAACAAAAAAAGAAACUCCGUGAAAUUGACGAUGGACAAAAAAAGCGAGAUGUGUUUUUUAAAAAUAAAAACAGAAAUGAUAUUUAGAAGAA